AUGUUGUCCUGCGCUCUUUGCGGUAGAUGGCUCAAGAAGUCCGACAAGCCCACAUGGAUGAGAGAAUACAGGGCUAUCUAUGUGUCGGGUGUCAACCUUUGCGAAGCCAAGCUUUCCGGCGUUGGCAGGUUCGGGGGCUCUGGUAGAAAACACCUACCGGCAGAAUCCCACAGGCGCUACGACGAUGCAGACUUCAACGAGAAUGCACGCGUGGAGUUUCGGUCGAGAUUCCAUAAAGGCGGACCGGGGUCACAGGGUGACUCACCUCCUCGGGUCUGGGGGUUCGUCUUUCAUGCGGCUUGCUGGGAGAUCAUCGGGAUCCUCUUCCAGCCUGAUGCUCAACUCAUCUUUUCGCUGUGCUUCUCCAUGCCGAUCCACGGCGAAACGAUCCUCGACUGGGGCCAUGACUAUGGAGGAAUCGUUGUCGGAAUACCUGACGACGAGAACCCUCCCAUGCUGACCUACAUAGCACGCCCCUCUAUUCCUGGUUACGGCAGGGAUCCCUACGCGAUGUAUUCCAUCCGGAGACUGUUCAAUCCGGCGAACAUCCCGAAGCACAUGCUCAUCGACAUCCCGGCCCGACACAGUCCAGCCAACCCGGAUGGGGAUGUGUUUCGUCGUCUACCAAAUGAGCUCCUGCAAGCUAUCCUCGUCGAGCUUCCCCGUGAAGAUGUCGGAAGACUACGGCAAGCGUCACCCAGCUUUGCCAACUUACAUCUGUCAGAAUCCUUUUGGGCCUCUAGGUUCUGGCGAGGACACGAAUUCCACCACAUCUUCGAAACCUUGCGAUCCCGUCCCGACUCCUGGGAGAAGCUCUACCUGGCACUGCGAUAUAUGGAGCCGCGCCUGGCUGACCGGAAGCGCAUUUGGAGUCUGGCUUUGGAGCUGGAGAGUCUGCAGAACCAGGUAUCUGGCAGAGUCUGCAAAGGGGCUCGUCUUCUGACAGCUUUCGACACAUCCAAAAAUGGCCGGAUAAAGAAGAAUGAACAUACACGCGACUGGAGAAAACUCGAUUGGAACACUGCUGGUAUCAACCUCUGCACAGAGUAUGAGCUAUUCUAUGUGGGAUGCAGGCCUUGGUUUGCUCGGAUUCUCCGUUUCCGACCACGUCUCCGCGUUCGCCACCUCUGGGUGUCAUUUGUGCGCAUGAGCGGCCGCUCUUUCGUCUCGGGCUUCCGGUUCGUCAAGCCAAAUGGGAAAAUCAACAGUCUGGGCUACAUCCACCCCGACCAAGAGGUCAAGAUUUGCUUUUCGAAUGGUCGACAUGAAUCCCCAUACACCAUCUCUGGGUGGCAGUUGGCCGUGGAAAGACAAGGAUUCCGAGCGGUUGCUGUGCUGACUGCCGAUGGUACCAUGUCUUGCUGGGCAGGUGGGCCGGACGACGUCCCCAGAUGGCGCUUGAGAGGACUAGGAAAGCGAAUAUCAAUCGUCAAGGCGGAAUUUGAUGUGAGUUGGGCCUCUUUCUAUGACUGA